UUUUUUUUUUUUUUUAAUAAAAAAGGGUUUCACUUUGUCACCCAGGCAGGAGUGCAGUGGCACAAAUACAGAACACUAUAGCCUCAACUUCCUGGGCUCAAGUGAUUCUCCCGCCUCAGCCCCCCAAGUAGCUGAGACCACAGGCACGCACCAUCACGUCUGGCUAAUUUUUGUACUUUUUGUAGAGAUGGGGUUUCGCCAUGUUGGCCAGGCUAGUCUCGAACUCCUGACCUCAAGUGAUCCACCCGCCUCAGCCUCCUGAAGUGCUGGGAUUACAGAUGUGAGCCACUGCACCUGGCCUGAAAUCUCACUCUAAAGAUAUAUACAGAUCUCUCAACCCAACAAACAGGGAUUCAAAGAGUGAAUAUAGUAUAUAGAGAGUAACAGGAUGGACUCAAAGAAACUAACUUCCAAUCCUGGUCCUGCCAUUUACUAGCUAAGCAAACCUUGUACAAGUUACUUAAUCACUUAAGUCUGUUUUUUCCUCUAUAAGAUAGGUAUUAAUUGAAAAUUUUAAAAUUUACCCCUAUAAUUUUGUAAGAAAAUAAAAUUACUAAGCAUAGCAAAGACUUUCUCUGACCCAAGAAUACUGUGUUUUCUAACAACAUCUAUGAAACGUUACUAACAGGAGAACAUGUUAGCUUUCAGUGGGGGAAAGCAAAUCCUAGAACCAAAAAUAUUUAAGCAAAUAUUUAUUUUUAUUUUUUAUUUUUGAGACAGAGUCUCACUCUGUCACCCAGGCUGGAGUGCAGUGGUGCAAUCUUGGCUCACUGCAACCUCUGCCUCCUGGAUUCAAGCAAUUCUCCUGCCUCAGCCUCCCAAGUAGCUGGGAUUACAGGCACAUGCUACCAUGCCUGGCUAAUUUUUUUAUUUUUACUAGAGAUGAGUUUUUGCCAUGUUGGCCAGGCUGUUCUUGAACUCCUGGCCUCAGGUGAUCCGCCUGCUUCGACCUCCCAAAGUGCUGGGAUUACAGGAGUGAGCCACUGCGCCUGGCCAUAAGUAAAUAUUUUAGAACUCUCCUUUUAGUACAUGAAAUGAAAUUCAAAUUUAUGAUACACUUAAUUACAAAAAAAAAGUCUAACUGCAAUAUAAAGGAGAAACAAAAUGAAAGUAAUUUGUAAUAUAUAUAAGUAUGCAAACAAAACAAUACUAGAAAACAUAAAAUAUUCAUAAGUAGAAUCACUGACUGUGGCAGCUAUGAACAAAAUCUUCCAUACAUUCCCAUAGGUUAAGAAUGUCUGAGGGGCCAGGCGGUGCCAGCAAGAUGGCUGCACUCGAGAAGAUGACGUUUCCCGAGACGAUGACGUUUCCAGAGAAACCAAGCCACAGAAAGUACAGGGCCGCCCUGAAGAAGGAGAAACGAAAGAAACGUCGGCAGGAACUUGCUCGACUGAGAGACUCAGGACUCUCACAGGAGGAGGAGGAGGACACUUUUAUUGAAGAACAACAACUAGAAGAAGAGAAGCUAUUGGAAAGAGAGAGGCAAAGAUUACAUGAGGAGUGGUUGCUGAGAGAGCAGAAGGCACAAGAAGAAUUCAGAAUAAAGAAGGAAAAGGAAGAGGCGGCUAAAAAAUGGCAAGAAGAACAAGAGAGAAAGUUAAAGGAACAAUGGAAAGAACAGCAGAGGAAAGAGAGAGAAGAGGAGGAGCAGAAACAACAGGAGAAGAAAGAAAAAGAGGAAGCUGUGCAGAAGAUGCUGGAUCAGGCUGAAAAUGAUUUAGAAAAUGGUACCAUAUGGCAAAACCCAGAACCACCCGUGGAUUUCAGAGUAAUGGAGAAGGAUCGAGCUAAUUGUCCCUUCUACAGUAAAACAGGAGCUUGCAGAUUUGGAGACAGAUGUUCACGUAAACAUAAUUUCCCAACAUCCAGUCCUACCCUUCUUAUUAAGAGCAUGUUUACAACGUUUGGAAUGGAGCAGUGCAGGAGGGAUGACUAUGACCCUGACGCAAGCCUGGAGUAUAGCGAGGAAGAAACCUACCAACAGUUCCUAGAUUUCUAUGAGGAUGUGUUGCCUGAGUUCAAGAACGUGGGGAAAGUGAUUCAGUUCAAGGUCAGCUGCAAUUUGGAACCUCACCUGAGGGGCAAUGUAUAUGUUCAGUACCAGUCAGAAGAAGAAUGCCAAGCAGCCCUUUCUCUGUUUAACGGACGAUGGUAUGCAGGACGACAGCUGCAAUGUGAAUUCUGCCCAGUGACCCGGUGGAAAAUGGCGAUUUGUGGUUUAUUUGAAAUACAACAAUGUCCAAGAGGAAAACACUGCAACUUUCUUCAUGUGUUCAGAAAUCCCAACAAUGAAUUCUGGGAAGCUAAUAGAGACAUCUACUUGUCUCCAGAUCAGACUGGCUCCUCCUUUGGCAAGAACUCCGAGAGGAGGGAGAAGAUGGGCCACCACGACGACUACUACAGCAGGCAGCGGGGAAGGAGAAACCCUAGUCCAGACCACUCCUACAAAAGAAAUGGGGAAUCCGAGAGAAAAAGGAGUAGUCAUAGGGGGAAGAAAUCUCACAAACGCACAUCAAAGAGUCGGGAGAGGCACAAUUCACCAAGCAGAGGAAGAAAUAGGCACCGCAGCCGGGACCAGGGCUGCCGGAGCCAGAGCCGCAGGAGCCACCGCAGCCGGAGCCAAAGUUCCUCUAAGUGCCGAAGUCGUGGCAGGAGGAGGUCGGGUAAUAGAGACAGAACUGUUCAGAGUCCCAAAUCCAAAUAAACUAGUUUUGUUCUUAAAAAAAAAAAAAAAAAAAAAAAAAAAAAAAAAAAGAAUGGACUAGAAUAGUGGCUCACACCUGUAAUCCCAGCACUUUAGGAGGCUGAGGCGGGUGGAUCACUUGAGGUCAGGAGUUUGAGGCAAGCCUGGCCAACAUGGCAAAACCCCGUUUCUACUAAAAAUACAAAAAUUAGCCAGGUGUGGCAGACGUCUGUAAUCCAAGCUACUUGGGAGGCUGAGGCAGGAGAAUCGCUUGAAUCUGGAAGGCAGAGGUUGCAGUGAGUCGACAUCAUGCCACUUCACUCCAGCCUGAGUGACAGAGCGAGACUGUGUCUCAAAAAAUGCAAUUUCUGGACUAGAGGAACUACACCGCCUGCUUUCCAUAUCAGACCAUUCAACCCAAUGCGAUUCACUGCCGUAAUCUCCAUGUUAUGAUUUUAAGCCAGGCCUCUCUUCACCUUUCCUAUUCCUUACAUUUAAAGACUCCAAAGCUUGUUUACUGAGCACAGAUCUUGGAAAACAGGAUCUUCAGACUUGGGAAAGCAUGACAGUAGAUGAUGGAAGGGUAAAGACUCAGACUAGCAUCUAGUAGUCUCACUACACAUGGAUAGUAAUGCUAUGUGCAUGAAUGUGCAAUCAUGCAAAAACUCAAAUCAGCCUUCCACACACACACACAAUGGUAGACUAAGACCUUCUGUUAAAGGUCCAAGCACUCCAAGGAAGCCAGCGCCUUGAGGUACCCUCAGUAUGUGCAAGUAGUUCCAUGUUACUCUUAGUUUUCCCAGCAACUCUGCUCUAGCAUGCCCUAGGCUUAGCCAGCAACAGAUCUCACUGAAUUAUAAGAUGUUGCCAGAAGUUCAGAACCUUGGUUUUUUUGAGAUACGCAUUUGCAUUGACCCAAAAUGGAGAAUUAAAUGACUGUAUUUUUCACUGGCAUUAGCUUUGUUUCCUUGGCAUAGUGCCAGUUAAUUACAACAGACCCUGCAAGACCACCUCUCUAGUUAUUUCCCUGUGGAAGCCUUUUGGUUGGUUUUGUUUUUUUGGUUUUUUUGGUUUGUUUUUUUUUUGAGACGGAGUCUUGCUCUGUUGCCAGGCAGGAGUGCAGUGGCACGAUCAGCUCACUGCAACCUCCGCCUUCCAGAUUCAAGUGAUUCCCCUGCCUCAACCUCUCGAGUAGCUGGUACUACAGGCGCGUGCCACCAAACCCAGCUAAUUUUUUGUAUUUUAGUAGAGACAGGGUUUCACCAUGUUGGCCAGGAUGGUCUUGAUGUCCUGACCUCACGAUCUGCCCACCUUGGCCUCCCAAUGUGCUUAGGAUUAUAGGCGUGAGCCACUGCGCCCUGCUGCCUUUUGUUUUUUAAUAUCCAAAAUUCAUAUAAUGUUUUACUGUAGUUGCUUAUAUAGGAAAAGCUAUACAUCCCCAAAAUGCAAUACAUUAUGAUAUGCAGGAAAUGUCUUGAGUAACAUUUUUGACAGAAUAUGAGAAUCCUUGGUGGACAUUUUGAAGAAUAUGCAGAGCAUCACAGGGGAUGUGCUAUGUAUUCCAGCACACAAAGCAAUUGUUUGUUACUAUAUUAACUAUUUGGAGAGCAGCAAGUGUUUUUAGCAUCUAACAUCCUAACAUGAUAUUUGUUACUUAUAUAUAGGUAUUUUGCUAUAUUUUAUUAAUACUUAGCGAAUUUCGUUGAGUUUUACACUGACAUGUAAUACAUUAAAAUUUUUCCCACUUAAAAUAGUGGAAAAUAAGCUUCUGCAUAGAAUGUAUUCCUACAUAGAAUAUCUGAUUUUCAGAAAUGGAUUAUCGAGAGAGAGACAGAUGUCCAUAUUAAAACCAGAGCAUUAAGGUGAACUGAAAAUGACUCAUUGGAUUAAGAAUCAGGAGAGGUGGGGCCGGGCGCAGUGGCUUACGCCUGUAAUCCCAGCACUUCAGGAGGCUGAGGCAGGUGGAUCACGAGGUCAAGAGACCGAGACCAUCCUGGCCAACAUGGUGAAACCCUGUCUCUACUAAAAUUAGAAAAAAAAUUGCCGGGCAUUGUGGUGGGCGCCUGUAGUCCCAGCCACUCGGGAGGCUGAGGCAGGAGAAUCACUGGAACCCAGGAGGCAGAGGUUGCAGUGAGCUGAGAUUGCGCCACUGCACUCCAGCCUGGUGACAGAGCGAGACUCUGUCUCAAAAAAAAAAAAAAUCAGGAGAGGUGGGGUGUGUUUUAUGACUUUAGGCAAAUCAACCUAAGAGACAGUUUUCUCUUCUGCAGAGUUUUAGGAAAGUCACAAAUUAAUGUACUUGAAGAAAGCAUACAAUAGAAUAGUAGUAUUACCAAAUCCUAAAGUUCUUAUUGUGGAAAAUCUCUGAAAUAUUACCUGCCUAUGUAGAUGCCAACCUUUCAGCAAUCCAGACAAGCUGAUUAUCUUUUCUGGAUGAAUUAAGUCAAGUGUCCACAGUUUUGUACCCCUUCAAUGUGAUUACUUUGUACGCCAGACUGCAGACUGUUAAUUGACUACUUUCUGGUACCCUCUAGCUAUUGUCUUGAGACAGUAAAAUAAUUACUGCUCUCUAGCUACAUCCUUAGCAUUUUCCAGUUCUGAAAUGAAAUCAUUUUCUUAUGUUAAAAAUAAAGUUAAUUACUGUUCAACUCCCAAGGUGAUAUUCAGCUGCCACCUCUUACAACCCUCUCUUCUUAAUCUAUGUAACUAUUCUACAGCCCAGGAAUAGCCUGAGUUUAUUAAAGUCACCCACACAGAUCUGGCUCUUUUCAAUCAAGCUGCCCUCAAAGUGCCAGUUGAUGAUACUCCCAAGGAGACUCACAAGCCCACUGCUGCCUGCAGUUCAGACAGAGUCCAUGCUGUUUUAACUGGACUCUUGGCACUAUUAGCACUGACACAGUGACUCCUUAAAUUACGAAUUACAACAGGCCAUUCUAUUCUGUCUGUGCUUCUAAUGCUGUCACCAUCUGAUUUUCCCCCAGAAGAGGUAUUUCCCAGGUAGGGGUAUGCUUAACAUGCAGUUAGGGAACUGAGAGUUAAUGUCAGAAGAAAAUGUACUUCAACACUGACUUCCUGAUAGGCUACAAUGACUUGAUCAGAAACAGAAGUCUAAGAAAGCCUUUGCAGUGUAGCCACAGAAUAGUUAUGGGCUACAUUGCUCAGCAUGCACAAAUAAAAGCUUAAAAGAACGUGUUAAAGGAAAGAUUUCCCUGUCUUUUUAGCCUCCUACGAAGAUUAAGAAGAAAAAUGUUGCCAGGCACAGUGGCUCACACCUGUAAUCCUAGCACUUUGGGAGGCUGAGGUGGCCAAGAGGAUCACCUGAGGUCAGGAGUUUGAGACCAGCCUGGCCAACAUGGUGAAACCCCAUCUCUACUAAAAAUACAAAAAUUUGCCUAGCGUGGUGGUGGGCACCUGUAAUCCCAGCUACUUGGGAGGCUGAGGCAGGAGAAUUGCUUGAACGCGGGAGGUAGAGGUUGCAGUGAGCAGAGAUCACGCCACUUCACUCCACUCCAGCCUGAGCGAAAUAGCGAAACUCCACCUCAAAAAAAAAAAAAAAAAAAAGAAAAGAAAAAUGUUAUAUUCUCUGUCAAUGGGUGAAAUAGCACAGGUGACAAUUCAGGUCAGGACCUAAUCCUGCCAGAGUUUACUCAACCUUGUUCUAAAAAUAAAUCUAGCCAGGCCUGGUGGCUCACGCCUGUAAUCGCAGCACUUCGGGAGGCUGAGGCGGGUGGAUCACAAGGUCAGGAGUUGAGACCAGCCUGGCCAACAUGGUGAAACCCUGUCUCUAUUAAAAAUACAAAAAUUAGCCGGGCGUGGUUGUGCACCUGUAGUCCCAGCUACUCAGGAGGCUGAGACAGGAGAAUUGCUUGAACCUGGGAAACAGAGGUUGCAGUGAGCCGAGGUCACGCCACUGCACUCCAGCCUGGGUGACAGAGCAAGACUCCGUCUCAAAAAAAAUAAAGUAAAUCUAGAAAAUGAUUUAAAUGAAGGUAAACAGAGGAUACAAAGAUAUUAAUUGAAGCAUUAUGUAUAAUCGCAUGACAAAUGUCCUAAAUGUCUUUCAAUUGGGAAGUGGGUAUCAAUAACAGAUUAGAUAGCUAUGUCAAAGAAUACUGAAUAACAUGAGAAAAUACUCAUAAUACUGUGUUAAUUGAAAAAAGCAAGACACAGAAUUAUAUAUGUGAUCUAAACCACACAUAUGGUUAAGACAGCAAUACAUACAUACAUAUAUAUAUACACAUACACAUACAUACACACAGAGUUCUGUUUUUAUUUAUACACAUAGACCAAUAUAUUUGCACAUUUUAAAAAAUAGGAAGACUACUCUAAGAUGUAGGAUUACAAAUGUUAUUUUCCUCCCUACAUAAAACACAUCCCAACACACACACACACACACACACACACACAAAUGUAAACAGUAGGACAAGGACUUUGUUUUAUUCACCAAAGUAUCUCCCAGAUGUAGAACAGAAUCUGGCACAUGGAGGUUCUAAAUAAAUCUGCUGAAUAAAGGAAUGAGCAUAUGUAAAUUUCAUAAUCAAGAAAAAAAGCUUUUAAAUUUAUUUUUAAACCCUCUUGCUCAAGGCGAGACGUCAGAGCAAAGCUCAGAACAUGCAUGAUCCAAUUUCUACCUAAAUAUGUCAUAUAUUAUCUUCUCAACUAAGCUUUGAUGCCAAGCCAUUGGCUCCUUUUAUUUUCCUCCAAUCUUAUAAGCUGCUUUAGAAAAAUGAAAAUAAAGCCAACAAUAUUAACUCUGCAAAAAAUAAAAUAUUAAACAUGUCCUUGGGCUGGGAGCAGUGGCUCACACCUGUAAUCCCAGCAUUUUGAGAGGCCGAGGCGGGCAGAUCACUUGAGGUCAGGAGUUUGAGACCAGCAUGGCAAACAUGGCGAAACCCCAUCUCUACUAAAAAUACAAAAAUUAGCUGGGUGUGAUGGUGCACGCCUGUAAUCCCAGCUACUUGGCAGGCUGUGGCAGGAGAACCACUGGAACUGGAGAGGCAGUGGUUGCAGUGAGCCAAGAUGGUACCACUGCACUCCAGCCUAGGUGACAGAGCGAGACUCCAUCCCAAAAAACAAAAAACCAAACAAACCCAUGUCCUUACUUGUAAGUCUCUUUCCCACACUUGCAGUCAGCAUGCGAUUGCAACAGCAUAGGUAAGAUGGAUUCUAGUCCCUAAAAUUCAAUACUCUCCUGAACCUUCUCGUACAGACUCUGCAAUUCAGAGGCCUCUUCUCAGUCUGUUUACUAAGUCAUUCAGAAUAUGCCACUAAUGCAGGAAGAAAGUAUUUUGAUUGACAGCAUCAUGACUUUUUAAUCCUUUCAAGUAUAUUAUCUAUUUGGAAUGUAUGCAAUAAAUUCACUCUCAUGAACACUAUGAUGCCAUGUAGCUGGAGACUACUAACGGAUGCACAUUCAUUUUACCAUUAGGGAAGAAAGUUUGCUGCAAAGCAAUAUUUUAAAUGAACUUCAAAACCAAAUAUAAAUGAUUCAGUGACUACCAUUUAUUUUGGAUCUUCUCUCUACCUCUCUGUGAACUCCAUUAGCAGAGGUGAUUAGGAGUAGGCUAGAAGUCAAGCUUGCUCACAUUUGGAAGUUUGAGGUCAGAACUACUGCAAGUAGUUCUGCUGACAAGAUACUGUUCACUGCCACAAGCAAGUGGGCCCAAAGCAAAAGCCAAUUUCUUUCCACUAAAGACUGCACUGUGAGGUCCCUACGAUUAGAUGAAUCUUAUUAAGGGCUUUAAAAUUAUCUGAAGUUUAAAUUAUGUCAUGUCCAAAUUAAAGAUUAUAAGAAUAUUUUUAUAAAUGUUAAAUGACUUUGAAUAAUAAAAACAAAAAAAAUCCAAUCUUUGAAAUCAACUCUUUCCACAGACCAAUUUUUAUUUUCUUCCAUUAGUUUUGAAAGGAAAAUUCUUAAUUGCCUUACAAGGCAUUCUGUGGUGAAGUCAUUCCAAAAUAUAAAAGAAUCGAUACUGAGCAUGUUUUCAUUUAAUUCUUUAAACUUGAAAAGACACUCACUUCAUAUAGUGUCUUGUCUUUUUUCUAACCAUAAAUGGUGUGAUACUGUAUUUAAUGUUCUAUUACUUUUUUUCUUUUUCGAGACAGGGUCUCACUCUGUCACCCAGGCUAGAGUGCAGUGGGGUGAUCGUUGCUUAUUGUGGCCUUGAACUCCUGGGCUCAAACCAUCCUCCCACCUCAGCCUCCUGAGCAGAUGGGACCACAGGCAUGCACCACCAUGCCUGGCGUGCGUUUGUGUUUUUUUUUUUGGGGGGGGGCAACAUGCUGUGAUCUGGGAGCCUGGUUAAUUUUUAAAUUUGUGUGUGUGGAGACAGGGUCUCACCAUGUUGCCCGGGAUGGUGUCAAACUCCUGGCCUCAAGCAGUCCUUCUGCCUUGGCCUCCGAGUAUGCUGGGAUUGCAGGCAAAAGCUAGCACAACUGUCCUCUAUAACUUUUCAUAAUUACUAAAUUAUGCAAAAAAUUUCUGGGUCUGUACAUAUGGAUCUGUUUCAUUCCAUUUAACUGUAUGGAUAUACCAUUAAUUGAAUGAACCAUUUACCUCCUGAUGGACAUUUAUGUUUAUAAUGUUUACAUUAUGGAGUUCAUAUUAUAUACAGUUUACAACAAAAAAUGCUGCCAUGAAUCUCUUUGUGCAGCUCUUUAAUGCACAGUGACUAUUUCCUUAGAAUUGUUAAGAAUAUCAUUUUUCAAUUCAACAAGAAAUUGUUAAAAGGUCCCUUAAAAAGGUUAUUCCAAUUUAUACCACUACCCUGUUAAGUAUCCCUUAUCUGAAAUGCUUGGGACUAAAAGUGUUUCGGGUUUCACAUUUAUUCAGAUUUUGGAAUAUGUACAUUAUACCAACUGAGCAUACCAAAUCAGAAACUCUAAAAUCUAAAUGCUCCAAUGAGCAUUUCCUUUGAUCAUCAUGUGGGCACUCAAAAAGUUUGGGAUUUUAAAGCAUUUAGGAUUUCCAAUUUCAGAUGUUCAGCCUGUACCAUUACAUGUCCAUUUCCCUAUACAUUCACUAAUACCAGAUAUUUUCAAUCUUUAAAAUAUCUACCAGUUUAAUGAACAAAAUAUGGGAUUUCACUAUUUUAACUCACACUUCCCAGAUCACUGGUGAGCUGUUUACUAGCCAUUCAUAUGUUUUCUCUUCCAUGAAAUACUUAUUUAGAACCUUUUCCCAUUUUUCUUUUUCUUUUUACUUACAGAAAUUGUUAUGUAUUCUGGAUAUUCCUUAUUUGGUGUAAAUGUUGUAAAUUUAUCUUCCUAGUCUGUCAUUAUUUUAACUUUGUUUAUGCUGCCCACUGUCAUAUAGAAAUUUAAUUUUUAGAAAUUUUAUUUAGUUGAAUUUAUCAAAUCUUUUUCUUUGAAACUUUCGUAUUUUGUCUUGCUUCUAUACCUCAAAGUUAAAAAAUAUUGUCCUCUACUUUUUUCUAAAACAGAGGUUUUGGCAUAAAAGUCCUGUCUUUGCAAGUCACUCAGGAAAACAGGUGGACACUAAUUAAAGGCAGUUACUUCCCUACCCCUCCUGCUCCAACCCCUAGAGCUGUGAACUAUAACCCAGGAUCACUUCCUUUUGAUGCUGCUUUGCUGGGGUGGAGGGGGACUGUACAGUGAAGCUUUGACCUGAGGAGCUCUUCUGUAGGUGAAGAGUGGUUAACUAUGGUUCCUGUGUGCCUGGGGCCCCCCACUCCUAGGACUCAUCCACGCCCUACCCAGAACUUACUAGUACUAGCACGGACUGGGGCCCCCUCCAUUCCAGUGCCUGAUGGGAUAGCUGAUACUCAUGGAUGAAAAGCAGUUUGUAGGCCAAAAUAAAAAGAUAUUUUAAGAAUAUAUUUCUUUUUUUUUUUAGAGAUGGAGUCUGGCUCUGUUGCCCAGGCUGGAGUGCAAUAGUGUGAUCUCGGUUCACUGCAACCUCUGCGUCCCAGAUUCAAGCAGUUCUCCCGCCUCACUUCCCGAGUAGCUGGGACUACAGGUGCACUCUGCCACACCCAGCUAAUUUCGUUUGUAUUUUAGUAAAGACGGGGUUUCACCGUGUUGCCCAGGCUGGUCUCGAACUCCUGAGCUCAGGCAAUCUGCCCACCUCGGCCUCCCAAAGUGCUAGAAUUGCAGGCGUGAGCCACCAUGCCUGGCCAAGAGUACAUUUCAAAAGAAAAACAACACAAUGAACUACAGGUUUUGGUCAGGAGCAAAAAUAUUAGAACUGCUGACCAAGAAUUUUAAACUGGGGAGCGGUAACCAUACUAAAAGAAAUGAGAAAAUAUUAGCAAUAUGAAACAAGAACAAGAAAACAGAAAAGAGCCAAGCAAAGGCAUUAGGUGUGAACAAUAUAAUAAGUUGAAAUGAAGAACACAGUAUAUGGCAGGAAUAACAGAAUGGUUAUAAUGUAAUCAUGGAAUACAGUUGAAAAUUAGAUGGUCAGAUUGAGUCCGGGCACGGUGGCUCACGCCUGUAAUCCCAGCACCUUGGGAGGCCGAGGUGGGUGGAUUGCUUAAGGUCAGGAGUUCGAGAGCACCCUGGCCAACAUGGUGAAACUCUAUCUCCACCAAAAAAAAUACAAAAAUUGGCCAGGCAUGGUGGCACAUGCCUGUAAUCCCAGCUACUCGGGAGGCUGAGGCAGGACGAUCACUUGAAUCCAGGAUGCGGAGGCUGCAGUGAGCAGAGAUUGUACCAUGGCACUCUAGCCUGGGCAACAGAGCAAGAGUCCAUCUCAGGAAAAAAAAAAAAAAAAAAAAAAGGAGGUCAGAUUGAGAAAUCUCCCAGGAAGAAGUACAAAUAAAUAGAUUUAAAAAAACAACAACAACAACCCUGUCUCUACUAAAAAUACAAAAAUUAGCCAAGCAUGGUGGUGAGCACCUAUAAUCCCUGCUACUUGGGAGGCUGAGGCAGGAGAAUUGCUUGAACCCGGGAGGCGGAGGUUGCAGUGAGCCAAGAUCGCGCCACUGCACUCUAGCCUGGGCAACGGAGCAAGACUCCAUCUCAAAAAAAGAAAAAAAAAAAGCUAAGACCAAAGACAAAAAGAUAUCUAUAUCCAUAAUUACCCAGAACUAAACCUCGAGAUACUACCAUUUGUGAUGGUGGUUGGAGU